AUGCCCGACAUAACACCCCAAGAACCCACCACGAAAACGGCGAUAACGACAGCCCUCCACAGGGUCAGGUUCGCAGACUACCACCCAUCCCCCAUCACCGCGCUCGCUUUCACGCCGAUCCCGUUCCCCAACCCGGACCCUGCAGCACCGGUCGAUGUGAUAGAGGGUCAGAUGGGGGCUUUGGUUUGUGCGAGGCAGAAUGGGGAGAUUCAGAUUUGGGAGUGGGCCGAGGGGGAUAGAAAUGAGCGGGAGGGGGAGGAGGAGGUUCAGGUUGGGAGCGAGGGCAAGGGGAGUUGGGUGUUGCGUAGGGUCCUCCCCAGCAUCCUGGCAUACCCGACGAUCUCGUUGAUGACGCUCGCCAUCCGGGACCCCGAGUCUUUCUACCACCCUACCACCACCUCUUCCUCUUCUUCUUCUACCUCCUUCGGUUUGUCAGACGAACCAUCCUCAUCACACUCAUCUUCAUCAACAACAAAAGCUACGACUACAAAUGUAGGACAGUCGGAGACGGAACACAAGGAGAAAGAGCACAAACCCCGACUCCCCCGACUUGACGAACUGAGGUUGUUCACGGGUGGGAGCGAUUCGGGGGAUCUCGUCGAGCGGUGUCUAGGGAGUGGGAGGGUUCUGCAAACCACCCCCCUCCCCUCGGGUCCCAUCUGGUCCCUCUCCCUCUCCCCAACCCACACCCACUUGGCGAUCUCCACCUCGGCUCCUCACAUCCACCUCUUACAACUCUCUCCCGACACGCUCGAACUGGAGGUAGCUAGCCUGAACACCGCUAAUGGAGGAACGGGAGUGGGAGGGAGGAUGGAAGCGCUCCCGGGGAAGGUCAGGACAUUGGGGAUCGCUUGGGGUCCGCCAGCAAGGCAGUCUGUCAAGGUCGCCCCGUCCCCCAACUCUAGAUCGACAUACAACGCGGGAGCGGAAGAAGAGAAAAGUCGAGAGACAGAGACGACGAGAUGGAUCUGGAGACCGUCUUACCUGAUAACCGCCCACUCGGACUCCUCCCUCCGGAAAUUCAACCUCGCCACGGGUAGGGUUGUUGGGCGGAUGAGUGUAGGCAAGUUGAGCGCUCGAGGGACGGGGGGGAAGAGUAGGAAACGACAUAGCGUGGUUUGGGCUGUGGGGUGUUUGAUUGACGGGACGAUCAUCUCGGCGGAUUCGUUGGGACAGGUCAUCUUCUGGGACGGCAAGAGUCUGGCGCAGAUCAAGUCGUUCAAGGCGCACGCGGCGGAUGCGCAGUGUCUGGUCAUCUCGCCCAACGGACGAGCGGUGUACACCUCUGGACCUGAUCAACGGGUGGCCCAGUUCACCUAUGUCUCCUCGUCAGCCAGCGCCGAUCGGGACGAGCUGGACGGCCCGACCUCCACCUCGAGCUCGUCGGGAGAAUGGCAACAGACCUCGAUCAAGCGGCUUCACAAGCACGACGUCCGUACGCUAGCCAUGUUCCCCGGAUACUCGCUCGCACCCCGGAACAGUUCGCCGAUCAUCAACCCGCACGUCGCCCCCGUCCUCGCCUCGGGUGGGAUCGACAUGAGCGUCGUCUUGACUUCGGCGGGACAGACGGGUGGAUUGACGACCAAGCGAAAAGGUCCGCUGGCGAUCAAGUCGGAGGUGAACCCGAUCACGAACAAGGGCAAGGAGACGUUCAACGAUGCCGUCAAGGUGGACCUCGGGUACGUGCCCAGGGGGAACGGGACGGACGUCAUCGGUGUCGCUAGGGAGAAACGGCUGGUACUCGUCCGGAGACAACGAGGCGUGGCCUUGUUCCGGGUGAGGGAGAUGAGGGGUCGAGGGGAAGAGGCCGAGGGUGAGAACGUGCCCGGUGGGUGGGACAAGGUGUUGGAGAUGAACUUUCAGCUGCGAACGAGCUUGGUCUCGGCUGCCAUUUCGCCAGAUGGCAAGUGGUUGGCGGUUUCCGAUCUGUACGAGACCAAGGUGUACAAGUUGAGGUAUCAUGACGACGUCGAGGACGACUCGAUGACGGUCCAACCCAAACGCGUCAAGGCUUUCACGUCGCUCUUGGAAGAGUCUCUGCCGCACCUCGCCAGCGGGUUCGCUCGUCGUGGUACCGGCGCUUCGAGCUUGCUGUUCAUGCCCGACUCAAACGGCCUGAUAAUCGGAUUCGCCAUGCACUCGCACAUGGUCGUUGUCGAGGUCGGAGCGAGCGACGCGGAAGAGGGCGUUAGCGUGCUGAAGAGCUUUGCCGUACCGGUCAAGGAAGGGCAGAGGGCGGUGCAGGGGUUGCCAUCACGGUCGAAAUUGGGCCAGAACGGGAACGUCAACGGGAACGGCCACGCAGAUGAGGCGGACGAGGACGAGAGCACGAGCAGUGCCGCCGGCGGUGAACACCGAAGCGAAGCAGCAGAUUCGGAUUCGGACGAUAGCGACAGUGAAGAGGAGGACGAUGGCGACGCCGAUGCUCAUCGACCGCGGUUCGUGAUGAUGAGCAUCAGCCCGGAUCUGCAGUGGUUGGCCGGUCAGGACAGUUCGGGACGGAUAGGCGUGUGGAGUCUGGAUGUCUUCAAGCUACACUGCCUUGUACCGACGUUCGCCGAACCGCCCACAGCCAUGACCUUUAGCAACGCAUCGACGCUGGUUCUCGCUUUCGCCGGUGCCAAUACGGUGCAAACGUUCGACGUCGACGAUCGGCGGCUACUAUUGGGGCGGACCAAGGUCACCUACACGGACGACCGGGUGCUGGGCUUGGAGCCUGUCGCUUCCGGAUCGGGUUCUUCGACGGCUGCGGGUCGGGGCAAGAUUCUAGCCUGGGGUAGCAACUGGGUCUCGACGCUGGACGUGCCCGAGGGCGACUCGUCGAGCAAGGACAAGAAGACUAGGAAACGACGCAAGUCUGGUGUUCGAACGAAUCAGCCCGGUGCCAACAAAAAGCCCAUCAUCGACACGACCGCCGAGGACCCGUUCCGCAUCAUCGGACGCUAUCGCGAGGUCGGCGCCGUGGCCAUGUUGGGCAACCACGAGCUGUUGGUGGUGGAAAGGCCGUUUACCGAUCUGACGGGGUUGCCGACGGCGUUUGUCAAGCCGAGAUAUAAUAGCUAG